AUGGUCCUUGAGCACAUGAAGGGCGUCGGCCCUGAACUAGCCGCAGUCCUCCCCCAGGAUGGACUCCCUUGGUACAAGAAAUCCCACCUCGUCCACCUCAACUUUUCCAUCUUCUGCCUCGUCCUCUUCUCGUCCGCCAACGGAUAUGAUGGCUCCAUGAUGAACGGCCUCCAGGCUCUUCCUGACUGGGGCCACUUUAUGGGCGAUCCCACGGGUGCCUAUCUCGGCUUCAUCGUCGCUGUGCAGUCUCUCGGUGCUACCGUCUGCUUCCCUGCCAUUGCCUGGUGCAACAAUUACUUUGGACGCUGGAAGACCAUCGCUUUUGGCUAUGUCUGGCUCGUCCUGGGCGUUGUUCUGACUACCGCUGCCCACAACCAAGUCAUGUUUAUCCUCGGGAGACUGUUCAUCGGAGGUGCCACGGCCUGCUGGUCUGCCACUGCACCUAUUUUGAUUACCGAAAUUGCGUAUCCCAGCCAUCGAUCUAUCCUCACCUCCCUCUACAACUGCGGUUGGUAUAUUGGCUCUCUUGUCGCAGCCUGGGCCACCUACGGUACCCGCAACUACGGUAACAACUGGACCUGGCGUGUGCCUUGCCUCCUUCAAGUCCUCAUCCCCGUCUUCAUUAUUCCCGGCCUGCUCUUCACACCCGAAUCCCCCCGUUGGCUCUUUAGCAAGGACCGCGUCGAGGAGGCCCGCGCGUUACUCAUCAAAGCCCACGCUGGAGGCGACGAAAACUCCAGGCUUGUUGCUUUUGAGCUUGCUGAGAUCCAAGGCACCCUCGAGAUGGAGAGGCUUGCCAAGGCUUCCACCUCGUAUGUCGACAUGCUCAAGACCAAGGGCAACCGUCACCGUCUCUUCAUCUCCAUCACCCUUGGUAUCUUUGCGCAGUGGAACGGCGUGGGAAUUGCGUCUUAUUACCUCGCUCCCGUCCUCGCAACUGUCGGCAUCACAGACGUUACGCGCCAGACCCUCAUCAGCGGUUUCCUGCAAGUCUGGAACCUGAUCCUUGCCGUUGGCGGUACGCUUUGCGUCGAUCGUCUCGGCAGACGCCUAUUGUUCAUGACCUCUUGCGUUGGCAUGCUCGUUUCCUACAUCCUCAUCUCUGCGCUCUCUGGUUCCUUUGCCAACACCGCACACACCGCCACCGGUCUCGCUGUCGUCCCCUUCCUCUUCAUCUACUACGGCUUUUACGACAUUGCCUUUACACCUCUGGUGGUCAGCUACGUCUGCGAGAUCUGGCCGUAUACUUAUCGUGCGCGUGGCCUCGCCGUUUCCCAGCUCUCCACACAGGCGGCUGUUUUUUUCAACAUCUUUGUCAACCCAAUCGCCCUCGAAGCCAUCCAGUGGAAGUACUACUGCGUGUAUGUGGGUUUGUUGGUCAUCAUCACUUUGACAGUAUAUUUCACUUAUCCUGAGACCAACGGACAUAGUUUGGAAGAAAUGGUCAAGGUGUUCGAUGGCAAGGACGCUCGGGUGCCAGGUGAGGAUGCCCUCAGAGCGCAGUUAGAGUCCAAGCGCGUGGACACGGGGGACGCCGAGCACUUCGAGGAUCGAUCGGACGAAAAGGUCUAG